AUGUGCUUGCAAUCCAAUCCUUCUAACCAUAGCAGCACUUAUGAACUCAAACAGUUUUCUGAUUGGUUACUAGACAUAGGUGAUGGCAAACUUGGCCAACCUAACGAUGGACAUUGCAAAAUCAUCAUCCCAGAUGAGUUUCUUAUAAUGGAUUUUGAGGAUCCUAUCCAAGCAAUUGUUGAUGCAACAUAUCCAGAUUUAUUACAAAACUACAACAACGCAAAUUUCUUGCAAAAGAGAGCUAUCCUAGCCUCAACAAAAGAUGUUGUUGACAAAAUAAAUGACUAUGUCCUGUGUUUGAUUCCUGGUGAUGAGAAAGAGUAUUGUAGUGUUGAUAGUGUUGACAAAUCUGAUGAACUACUCAAUCCUGCUUUUGGAGUACUAACACUUGAGUUUCUUAACACCUUGAAAACAUCAGGGAUACCUAAUCACAAGCUAAGAAUCAAGAUUGGUACUCCCAUCAUGCUACUCCGAAAUUUGGACCAGGCAGAUGGUUUAUGCAAUGGAACUCGGCUAAUUGUCACCAAACUUGGAACCAAUGUAGUUGAAGCAGAGAUGGAAAGAAUAAACAAUCAGUCCUACAAUAAGCAACCUCCCUCCAAGAAGAGAAAGCAACAUGAUGAUGAAGAGCCUAUAGAGCCUAAGAUCAAAAUUUUUUUUGAGGGAAUUGAUAUUGGUGGCAAUAAUGAUAACCAAGAAGCUAAUGAGCAUAUGGAGCCUACUACUAAAGUUGUACCUGUUGUAGAUGUAGAGCCUAAAGAGGGUGAGCUUAAUGAUGUUGUGGUUAAGGAGAAUAGUGCAAAAGGUAUCAUUGUUGUUGAAGUUGCUUCUAAGGAAAUUGAUGAAGUUGAUAGCAUUAUUCGAAGUGUCAUUUCUUCCAUUGAUUGA